GCGAGUGUUGGUGACCUGACCUCCUCCGCCACCGACACCUCUACUAGUGACGCAGGCGAGGCACAUGAUGACGCAAGAGAGGGCAGAGAGAAGCGCUUCCUGGGGGUGGAGACGAGAGGUGCUCUAGUGGCAGGUGACCCCACCCACGCCCCAUGGAUGGCAGACGGCUCCGCCCACGCUGGGUGGGGCUUCUCCACCGGGAACCUGCCGCUCGACCGGAACUUCAAGAUGAAGCUACUGCAGAAGGCCAAGCUGCGACAAAAGAGUCGGCCGCUGCCGUCCACCCAGAGCACCCACAGCACCAUGCCCAUCGGCAAGAGGAACCUGGCGGCUCUGGCGGCGACAAAUAACAUGCCCAAGAACGUGAAGAAGUCGGAGAGUUUGACCACACCUUCGACUGACGUUUCUACUACGGAGCUAAAUUUGCAAGACAAGCGCAACAUUGCCAGUCUCGCUCGGGACGGUAACUUACCAGAUGCAAGAAUUAAGAAGGACGUGGACGCUGAUGGUUCUGUAACCAGCGAACGACUGUCGGUCGCAGCUCCUUCCAAGGAGGAUGACCACGACACAUCCCUCGACGCCAAAGUAUCUCACCCUAGCAACACCAGCAGCCAGAGCGAAAAUGUAUCACUACAUUCUGAUGUCGACAAACGACACAUAUCGAGCAUUGCAAGAGCAAAUAAUUUCCCCAGACACAGUCUCCAGGAGAAGAGAUAUUUUGACUCGACUCUCGACUCCUUCAGAGACAAUGAUGUCAACAAACGGUUUUAUGCCUCUCUUCUGAAGUCCAACAGCCUGCCUCGCCCAGUGUUCCUCGCUGGCAUGCCCAGCCAAGACAAGCGGUACCUCGCCUCCCUGCUCAAAGCCCAGCGCUUCAGCAGCCUCCCUGAUGGUCAAAACCAGCACAACAGCUUUUACUCCUCACUGGCCAAAAAUACAGACCUUGGAAGCGGCGUAGACAAGCGGUCGCUGACGUCACUACUCGAGCGGCUAAGAAGCUCAGGCAACACACUCGAAGAUGAGAAAACAAAUGAAGAACAAUCAGAGUCGCUGGGUGAAGAUAAGCGCCACUUGUCCUCUCUCUUCCAGCCAAGAAACGAUAAUUUUUUGGAUACACUGAAUGAAGAAAAACGACACUUGGCCUCUCUUUAUACGAGAAUGCAACACGACGAUUUACUUGACGAAAAAAAACGAUAUUUAGCAUCUCUGUUUAAGAACACAAGGAACCAAGAUUACCUCGAUGUUUUCAACGAAGAGAAACGACAUCUCUCAUCACUAUACAAACCUAAGAGAAACGACAUUUCUUUGGACAUGUUUGACGAAGAAAAACGACAUCUGGGAUCACUGUACAAACCAAGAAGAAGCGACUAUUCAAUUAAUAUGUUAGAGGAAGAAAAAAGACAUUUGGGAUCACUUUACAAGCCAAGAAGAAACGACGAUUCUUUUGAUAAUUUUGAUGAAGAAAAACGACAUUUGGGAUCACUUUACAAACCAAAAAGAAACGAUGAUUCUUUUGAUAAUUUUGAUGAAGAAAAACGACAUUUGGCAUCACUAUACAAGCCAAGGAGAAACGACGAUUCUUUGGAGAUGUUUGAUGAAGAAAAACGACAUUUGGCAUCACUUUACAAGCCAAGAAGAAACGACGAUUCAAUGAAUGAAUUCAACGAAGAAAAACGACAUUUGGCGUCACUUUACAAACCAAGAAGAAACGACGAUUCUUUGGAAACGUUCGAUGAAGAAAAACGACAUUUGGCGUCACUUUACAAGCCAAGGAGAAACGACGAUUCAAUGAAUGAAUUUGAUGAAGAAAAACGACAUUUGGCGUCACUUUACAAGCCAAGGAGAAACGACGAUUCAAUGAACGAAUUUGAUGAAGAAAAACGACAUUUGGCGUCACUUUACAAGCCAAGGAGAAACGACGAUUCAAUGAAUGAAUUCAACGAAGAAAAACGACAUUUGGCGUCACUUUACAAACCUAGAAGAAACGACGAAUCUUUGGAGAUGUUCGAUGAAGAAAAACGACAUUUGGCAUCACUUUACAAGCCAAGAAGAAACGACGAUUCUUUGGAGAUGUUCGAUGAAGAAAAACGACAUUUGGCAUCACUUUACAAGCCAAGAAGAAACGAUGAUUCUUUGGAUAGGUUUGACGAAGAAAAACGACAUUUGGCGUCACUUUACAAGCCAAGGAGAAACGACGAUUCAAUGAAUGAAUUUGAUGAAGAAAAACGACAUUUGGCGUCACUUUACAAGCCAAGGAGAAACGACGAUUCAAUGAACGAAUUUGAUGAAGAAAAACGACAUUUGGCGUCACUUUACAAGCCAAGGAGAAACGACGAUUCAAUGAACGAAUUUGAUGAAGAAAAACGACAUUUGGCAUCACUUUACAAGCCAAGAAGAAGCGACGAUUCAAUGAAUGAAUUCAACGAAGAAAAACGACAUUUGGCGUCACUUUACAAACCAAGAAGAAACGACGAAUCUUUGGAGAUGUUCGAUGAAGAAAAACGACAUUUGGCAUCACUUUACAAGCCAAGAAGAAACGACGAUUCUUUGGAAACGUUCGAUGAAGAAAAACGACAUUUGGCGUCACUUUACAAACCAAGAAGAAACGAUGAUUCUUUGGAUAGGUUUGACGAAGAAAAACGACAUUUGGGAUCACUUUACAAGCCAAGGAGAAACGACGAUUCAAUGAAUGAAUUUGAUGAAGAAAAACGACAUUUGGCGUCACUUUACAAGCCAAGGAGAAACGACGAUUCAAUUAAUGACUUUGAUGAAGAAAAACGACAUUUGGGAUCACUUUACAAACCAAGACGAAACGACGAUUCAGCGAAUAUGUUUGACGAAGAAAAACGACAUUUGGGAUCACUUUUCAAACCAAGACGAAACGACGAUUCAGUGAAUAUGUUUGACGAAGAAAAACGACAUUUGGGAUCACUUUUCAAACCUAGAAGAAACGAGGAUUCUUUGGCUACGUUUGACGAGGAAAAACGACAUUUAGGAUCACUUUACAAACCAAGGAGGAACGACGAAUAUUUCGAUACAAUUGAUGAAGAAAAAAGACAUUUAGGAUCACUUUACAAACCAAGAAGAAACGACGAUUCUUUGGAUACGUUUGACAACGAAAAACGACACUUUGCGUCCCUACUUAACAAAAAAUCCGAAGAUAUGUCCAGUGAUCCUUCAGAGGAACCCGCCAUGGAGGAGAAAACGCUCUCGGCCCUCCGGAACGAAGUAGGGAAAAGUGAGGUCCCGGAGUCCCAAGAACAAACGCACAUCUCGUCGUUAUUGAAACACCAAUACUCAGCGGAUCCUCUGGAGGAAGAUAAUAUUGACACGAGACACUACGCAGCCCUGCUGAAGAAGUCGUCCGGCUUCCUGAACAACUCGGUUGAUGACGACGUUGGUUACUCCAUCAACGACUCAGACGAGAUUCAUGAUGGCAGCGUCGCGGGCUCUGUCGGUUCCUUCGACGUUGACAAAAGGUACUUUGCUUCGCUCCUGAGAAACAGACAAUUUGGCUUCGGACCAGAUGCCAAAUCAGCAGAGAAACGCUACUUUGCGUCACUCUUAAAGAACAGACAAUCAAGUUUUGGACCAGAUGCCAAAUCAGCGGAGAAACGCUACUUUGCGUCACUCUUAAAGAACAGACAAUCAAGCUUUAGACCAUACGACCAGUCAACAGGCAAACGCUACUUUGCGUCACUCUUAAGGAACAGACAAUCAAGCUUUAGACCAUACGACCAGUCAACAGACAAACGCUACUUUGCGUCUCUCUUAAACAGCAGACAAUCAGGCUUCGGAAGAGACGACCAGUCAACAGAUAAACGCCAUUAUGCCUCACUACUAAAAUCCAGACAAUCAGGCCUUGAAGAAAAGCGGCAUAUUGGUUCUCUGAUGCAACAAAAGCAAACGAGCUUCGUUCCAAAUUCUCAGUCAGCUGACAAACGUCAUCUUGGCUCAUUGCUGCAAAACACACAAUCUAGCCUCGCGCCAGAUGGCAGACAAACAAACAAGCGCCAUCUUAGCUCGAUUCUAGACGACAAGAUAAUCAAUAACAAUGCACCAGACCACCCGAGACGAAAGCGCUACAUUGGAGCCUUAGCUAAAAGUAACAACAUGCCGUACCCUUACUCCAGGUCCAGACAGAAUCGCCGCGAUGCCCCCAACACUCCAGAAGACAACGCCGCCUACCUGGAACGUCUCAUCCGACUGGAAAUCCAGAAAGGGCUCUUGCGCAAGCGUCAGAGGCAGAACCUCAUCAAUGGUAACAGUAAAAUCCUUGCCUUGCUGGACAGUAUAAGAAAGUCACGUUCUCCCGACGAGGACGUCAGCGAGACCUUCCUACAGGUCAAGAGAAACAUUCAGUCCCUCGCCAGAAACGGCCACUUGCCCAUUUACCGAGCCUAUAAGCGUGACUACGGUGUCGACGACGGCCUGGACGAUGAUGACCUCCUGCAGGAUGAUCAGUACCUGACGGAGUCCUGGGACAACACCAACCUACCACAAGCCGCCGUCAGCAAAAGGUUUCUAAUUUGCAGUGACCGCCUGGAGGCCGCCACGCCCUCCCGCCCGCCUCCUGCAAAUACCAUUAAUGACUAA